CUCCCAUCACCCUCUCGGUUGGCCGAACCUCCUCCACCUUUUGGUUGCCAUCAAUGCUGAGCUGUCAAAAUAAAAAUUAGGCGGUGUGGCUCACAGUUCCAAAACUGCCGUAUCAGAAGCUUACGACACUGUCCAUCGUCUCCACAUCUUCACCCAACUCCAUCCAAUGGCUGAUUCGGAACCCCACCACCGCACUGGCGGCGCGCAGGACAAUGACCCCGCCUCGAAGCACAAGAAGCCGCAGCAGAAUAAUGCAAAGGCACCAGCGCCCGAGAGCUUCCCCGAAUACGCCCGCAGGACAGCAGAGAAGCUGCCCCCACCAACUUUCAUAAUUCUCGCUCUCCUCUUCGGUUUGUACAUUAUUUUUUCAUCGAGCCAACAAAACCAGCGGUCAGCAGCAGACCUUUCUUCUCCUCCCGUCGCCCCUUCCGUUGUCACCACCACAAUCUACCAAGAACAUCAACCAUCUUCAACUCCCACAGUCGUCGUUGAUACCUCUCCCAAAAUGUCUACCGAGCAGACCUUCAUUGCCAUCAAGCCUGACGGCGUUCAGCGCGGCCUGAUCGGCCCUAUCGUCUCUCGCUUCGAGACCCGUGGCUUCAAGCUCGUCGCCAUCAAGCUCAUGACCCCCGGCAAGGAGCACCUCCAGGCCCACUACGCCGACCUUAAGGACAAGCCCUUCUUCGCCGGCCUCAUUGAGUACAUGAACUCUGGCCCCAUCUGCGCCAUGGUCUGGGAGGGCCGUGACGCCGUCAAGACUGGCCGUGUUCUCCUCGGUGCCACCAACCCCCUUGCCUCCGCCCCCGGCACUAUUCGUGGCGACUACGCCAUCGACGUCGGCCGCAACGUCUGCCACGGCUCCGACUCCGUCGAGAACGCCAAGAAGGAGAUUGCCCUCUGGUUCAAGGAUGGCGAUGUCGUCUCCUACAAGUCUUCCCAGUUCGACUGGGUCUACGAGAAGCCUUAAAUGCUUUUUCUCUAUUCCGCCAUUAUACACGAGACGUAGACGUCCACCGUUCGCUUGCCGAACGGGUGGGAUGCUUGUCGCCACGUUAGGUUGAUACAGAAAAGUUAUGGGUCAAUCAAAAAGCACAAACAAAGAG